GCUCGCCGCCCCGCCCGUUCCCUGCCCGGCUGAGGUGGCGCCGGCGUCCGCGUCCCGCUCCGUCCCGGCCCCCAGCCCGCGCCUCCGCCGCCACCCGCGCGCCGCCCGCCAUGAACGAGGAGUACGACGUGAUCGUGCUGGGCACCGGCCUGACGGAAUGUAUCCUGUCAGGUAUAAUGUCAGUGAAUGGAAAGAAGGUUCUUCACAUGGACAGAAACCCAUAUUACGGAGGAGAAAGUGCUUCUAUAACACCACUGGAAGAUUUAUACAAAAGAUACAAACUACCAGGAACACCUUCACCAUCAAUGGGGAGAGGAAGAGAUUGGAAUGUUGACUUAAUCCCCAAGUUCCUUAUGGCAAAUGGUCAGCUGGUUAAGAUGCUGCUUUAUACAGAGGUCACGCGCUAUCUGGAUUUCAAAGUGAUUGAAGGAAGUUUUGUCUACAAAGGAGGGAAAAUCUACAAAGUUCCUUCUACUGAAGCAGAAGCCCUGGCCUCUAGCUUAAUGGGGCUAUUUGAAAAACGUCGAUUCAGAAAAUUCCUAGUGUAUGUUGCCAAUUUUGAUGAGAAAGAUCCUCGGACCUUUGAGGGUAUUGAUCCUGUGAAGACGACGAUGCGGGAUGUGUACAAGAAGUUUGACUUGGGCCAAGAUGUCAUAGAUUUUACUGGCCAUGCCCUAGCCCUUUAUAGAACUGAUGAUUAUUUAGAUCAGCCAUGUUGUGAAACCAUUAAUCGGAUUAAACUUUACAGUGAAUCCUUGGCAAGAUAUGGUAAAAGCCCAUAUCUUUAUCCACUCUAUGGCCUUGGAGAACUGCCACAAGGAUUUGCCAGACUAAGUGCUAUUUAUGGCGGUACCUACAUGCUGAAUAAGCCAAUUGAAGAAAUCAUCGUGGAAAAUGGGAAAGUGGUUGGUGUAAAGUCUGAAGGAGAAAUUGCCCGCUGUAAGCAGCUCAUCUGUGAUCCAAGCUAUGUAAAAGAUCGGGUAGAAAAAGUGGGCCAAGUCAUCAGAGUUAUCUGUAUCCUCAGCCAUCCCAUCAAGAACACCAACGAUGCCAACUCCUGCCAGAUUAUUAUUCCACAGAACCAAGUCAAUCGAAAGUCAGAUAUCUACGUCUGCUUGAUCUCCUCUGCACACAAUGUGGCGGCUCAAGGGAAGUACAUUGCCAUCGUCAGCACCACUGUGGAGACCAAGGAACCUGAGAAAGAAAUCAGACCCGCACUGGAGCUUCUGGAACCAAUUGAACAGAAAUUUGUUAGCAUCAGUGACCUCCUUGUACCAAAAGAUCUGGGAAAUGAAAGCCAGAUCUUUAUUUCUCGUGCUUAUGAUGCUACAACUCACUUUGAGACCACCUGUGAUGACAUUAAAGACAUCUAUAUGAGGAUGACAGGGUCAGAGUUUGACUUUGAGGAAAUGAAGCGCAAGAAAAAUGAUAUCUAUGGGGAAGACUAACAGCUCUGACAGCUCUUUUCUGAUUAGGACAAAGUUAAGAUUUACCAAUGAUGCGUAUUCUAUGAAAUCAAUAUUUUAAGGCCUGCUUUUGUAAUCUGAGACUGCAGAGCACUGCACCAGUCAAUCUUCCUCCCCUUUCUAAUAUCAUGUAUUAACCUGUUUUCAUGGAGCGGCUAUUCAGAAUUGGCAGGUUAUCACAUUCUGUUCAGUUUAACUAAUACUGGCUUUCUCCCCCAAGUGAAGGAUCGGUUUUUUUUUUUAAUUGUACUACUGAUAGAGAACUUGAUACAGUAUUUGUAUCUUUUAAUCAGUGUAGCCUUUGCAAUUAUGUGCUUCUGCUGCUCAAGAACUGGAUCAGUACAAUUGGUGUGUGCCAGCUGUCCUCUGGACAUUGAGAUUCUAAAUUGAACAUCCACAAUAUGGGGCAGCUUUCCUGUUUUUUUCCUGUAUGUUUACAUUCUGUCCUGUCAAGUAUUACGACAGUCUCUACAUGGCACAGCAACAUGUUUGGUUCACGUGGGCCUCAAAAUCCAAAUCAAACUUUGACUUCGUGAGUCAUUUUGGAGGAAGCCUGUAUACGGUGUUUUAACCUAGUAAUAUUGAUGAGAAAAUGGGAAAGAAAUGUAUAAGGCAGAUAAAACGUAGAAGCUUCUUUCAUAUCCCAGGUAUGGCUAAAUGGACCAAGCUGCAAUGCAGUAUUGAUUUGACAGAGCCCCUGCUCCAAUGAUGUCUUGUCUCAAAAUGGCUCCAAAUGAUUUCUGUACUGCAAAAUAAAGCCAAACUCUGGAAACCA